AUGAAGAAGUUCUUUGCAAAAGUAACCAAACACGAUAAAAAAGAUGAUAAAGAUAAGGAGGAAAAGAAAAAAGAAGAGAAAAAGAAAGACAAAUCUCAUCACGAAAAAGAAGAGUCACAAAAAAUAAAAGAAGAAGCUAAGAAGAAAGCUGAAGAAGAAGCUAAGAAGAAGGCAGAGGAAGAAGAAGCUAAGAAGAAAGCUGAAGAAGAAGCUAAAAAGAAAGCUGAAGAAGAAGCCAAAAAGAAAGCUGAAGAAGAAGCCAAAAAGAAAGCUGAAGAAGAAGCUAAGAAGAAGGCAGAGGAAGAAGAAGCUAAGAAGAAAGCUGAAGAAGAAGCCAAAAAGAAAGCUGAAGAAGAAGCUAAGAAGAAAGCUGAAGAAGAAGCUAAAAAGAAGGCAGAGGAAGAAGAAGCUAAAAAGAAGGCAGAGGAAGAAGAAGCUAAGAAGAAGGCAGAGGAAGAAGCUAAAAAGAAAGCUGAAGAAGAAGCUAAAAAGAAAGCUGAAGAAGAAGCUAAAAAGAAAGCUGAAGAAGAAGCUAAAAAGAAAGCUGAAGAAGAAGCUAAGAAGAAGGCAGAGGAAGAAAAGAAAAACCAGCCACAAGGACUAGGAUUAGGUGGAGGAUUAGGGCAGCCACAAGGAUUAGGUCUUGGAGGUGGACUUGGACAACCACAAGGACUAGGACUUGGAGGUGGAUUAGGAUUAGGUGGAGGACUUGGACAACCACAAGGAUUAGGACUUGGACAACCACAAGGAUUAGGACUUGGACAACCACAAGGAUUAGGACUUGGAGGUGGAUUAGGAUUAGGUGGAGGAUUAGGGCAGCCACAAGGAUUAGGUCUUGGAGGUGGACUUGGACAACCAAGUGGAUUACCUAGUUUAGGACAACCAAGUAUGCCAGUUACCUCUGAACAAGGAAGUGCUGGAAUUAGUGGUGGAGAGCUUCAGAUGAAAGGUACUGGUAAAAAAACAAUAAAAAAGAAGAAGAUGGGGGUUGCACAAUCAGCAUUCUUUGCACAUGAAAAUGAAGAAAAGGCAAAUGCAAUGUUAAGUAAGAUUGCUGAUGAUGCAGUGUUAGUAUUUGAUUGUGGAAGUUCAUUUAUCAAAGUUGGGGUUGCAGGAGAAGAACAACCAAGAAAGGUUAUUCCAACGUGUUAUUGUGUGAUAGAAGAUGAAGAAUAUGAAGGAGGAGAAAGAAAAGAAUUUGGAUAUAAAGCUAUUGAUGAAAAUGCUAAGUUAAUUUGGCCUCUUGAUCCAAGAAAUGAUACUGAUUGGGAUGGGUUGUUUGACAUUAUCCAAAAUAUUUAUCAAGUCGAAUUAAACGAAUUAGAACCAAGUGCCCAUGCAGUAGUGAUGACAGAUUUACCAAACAUGAAUGAAGUUGCAACAGACAAAAUCAAGUCUAUGAUGUUUAAUGAUUUGAAUGUUCCAUUUUUAAAAAUAGUUAAUCCAGCAUUAAUGGCAUUGUAUGCAGAAGGAAAGGAAACUGGUCUUGUAGUUGAAAUUGGUAAUAGAAUGCAAAUAGUACCAGCUGUCGAUGGAUUUGUUAUUGAUAGUGCUAUAACUAAAAUUAAAGGUAAUGUUUCUGGGUUAACAGAGUAUAUGCAACGGUUAUUAAGGUCAUGUGGAUAUAUUUAUACAACGUCACAACAAAUGGAAUUAGUUAGAGCAAUUAAAGAAAAUGUUUGUUAUGUUGCCCUUGACUAUGAUGCAGAAAUGAAAAGAAAGCCUAGAGAAAUUAUGAAAGAAUAUAAAGUUCCUGGAAAUGAUAACACUUCUAAAUUCUUCCAAGAACGAUUCCAAUGUCCAGAGGCUUUAUUUAAACCAGAAAAGGUUGGUAUUGAUACAGAAGGAUUACCACAAAUGAUCUUUGAAUGUAUUAAAAAAUGUCCAUUAACUUCAAGAAGACCAUUGUUAAAUCAUAUCAUUUUGGCUGGAGGAUCAACAUUAUUCCCUGGAUUACCAGAAAGACUUGAUCAAGACCUCAAAAAAAUUUUAGAAGAAAAUAAGAUGAAUUCAAGAGAUGUUAAGAUUAUUGUUCAUCAGAAUAGAAAAUAUUUAGCAUGGGCUGGUGCUGCUUUAUUAGCUGGUAUGUCUACAUUACAAGAUGAAGAACAAUGCACAAAAGAUUAUUACGAUAAUAAUUAAAUUCACAACAACU